AUGAGCGAAAUUCCCACCAUAGACAAAAUUCAGAGACUACCUAAGUUCGAUAUUUUAGGCGUUACUCGUCUCGAUGAGUUCGUCGAGGCGAUUUCGAAACUUCACUCCGACUUUCGCGAUGCCGACAGAAGCGAUGCCUCCAGAAGCGAUCCCUACAGAAUAGAUCCCUUCACUACCGCGGAAGAAAAUGCUCUUGAAAUACAUCUUAAAGAUAUUGUAGAAGCGCACGAUUCUCUUACGGAUGCCAUGGUCAAGGAAGAUAGGAAGUCUCAAAAAGAGAAAGAGGACAAUGUCAACCGCACUAAUAGGAGAAAGAUCCGUUCGGCACUAGCCAAGUUGAAAAACACCCAGAGGAAUUUGAAGGUUCUCAGGGAAUGGAACCUCGAUACGAAAGCUACCUACCUAUCACAGUAG